UAUUUCGCUCAUGGCGUCGAGCCAGGGAUGGCGCCUGUCGCUGGCGGCCAGGCGCGCGAGGAAGAGGACGCGAUGCUUGGAUCAAGAUUGCUGCCACCACGACAAUCUCCGCUGCGAGCACUGGCGCGAGCUCAAGAGCUACGCCGCGGAGCUCUGUUCUUGCGAUUCCUCCCAGGGCGAUCGCGUCCAGACCCUCAAAUCCCUGGCGGCGCUGCUCCUCUGCCUCGCCGCCGCCGAUGAUCCUGCCAAUGCAGAUGGAGAUUACGCGCUAUCGGUGCCAGUGGGCGACGCAAUGGUGAUCAUCGCUCACGAUGACGUGGUCCGGCUCUACAAAGUCUUGUUCCAGGAGCUCGCGAAGAUUGGCAGCUAUUUGCUCACGAACUUCUGGUAUGUCCCCGAGAUGGUUCCUUGUUCCAGUGACGCGGCGCUCCACUUCGAGGAGCUUGCUCAAUCGCUGUGCUGCUGCAUCCGGAUCAUUCCCAUCGUGGAUAUGUUCAACACCAGCAUGAGCCACACUGCCGCAUCCACUGUCCACGAGAUGCUCCACCAUCUUUGCUCGCCGUCGAAGUUCUUCCCUCUUGGCUCGCCUUACACCGUGAAAGAACACCAGGACGUCGUCUUGAGGAGCGCCCUGCUAGAAGUGUUCUUGGAUGAGAUCUUACUCCACCGGGCUCUAACAUUCCCAGAAGGCGAAGAAUUCUCUUACCGUGCGUCGAUCGAAGCUGCAUUCGCGCAUAUGUUCCACUUCCAGUUUUUGCAAGGCCGGCCAUUCCACCAAUCCAAGCUCAGCCUUCCUGCGGGUGUUCUUCUACUCGACAUGUCCACUACCAACCGAGUUCCUAGCGACUUGCUGACGCACAUCAUAUCGCUCGUCACCGGAGCAUUGGUCCCGGGUGCGAGUUGCGAUGAUGAGAGCUUUCCUGCGAUCCAGGCGCAGAAUUAUAUUCCACACUUUCAGCUGGACGACGAGCUGCCGCAUGGAGUAGCUAUUGGAUUGGCGUCUUCGGUGGUAGAAACAGCAAUGGGGUUACUGUCGAAGUACUACUCAGCGUCCGUUACGAUUGCAGCACGGGACAAAAAUGGUUUUGAGUGGGGGACACAGGCACUAACUUAUGCUGCGGAAUAUGACUGUGACCAAGGCGAGUAUUCGUCUACGUUGGCAGCUCUACUCCGGGCGAUGGCGUGUGCAAUAAAUCGGCUUGUUAGUGAGGUCUGCACUAUCAAGUGCCAGGACAGAGAUGGGGAGUUGACUGGUGUCCGGGACCUUGCCAUUCAAAGAACUUUCGAGACGGUUGCGACUGCCAUCAGCCUGAAUAUGCCUUCCACAAAGUUCAUGCAAGCUAUCGGGUGUUUCAAUCAAAGCAUGGUCGAGGCGCUAACAUCAGAAAACGCAAGAGGAACCAUAGGAUGGACGCUUGUUAUAUUUGCUCACAUACUUUCCUACGAGUCACUGAGGGGGCUGGAUGAAGCUGUGGCCGUGGAAUACGUUCGCGUUUUGGACUCUCUCCUGGCCUUAUUACUACUCGAGAGUAGACCCGAUAACGACGUCAUGGACGAUAAGAUAGCCGCUUCUACAAACUUUUUCCUGCGUGGGAUGAUUAAGUCGCUUCAUCAAACAGCCUGGGACAUGUGUUCGCGUAAGAAGUCCGCGACGAAGCUCUUGUCUUUUUUUUAUCAAAAGUCACUCCGAUUGGCAGGAAGGAUUUUCCAACAAUUGAAGAUGUCGAUUGGCUGUCGCCUGGCAUCAGCUUCGACACUGGGAAGAAUUUGCCAACAAUUGAAACCGUGACACCUGACAUGAGCGUACAUGAAACAGUCCAAGAGGUCGUUCAAGAGGUCGUCCAAGAGGUCGUGCAAGAGGUCAUCGUGGAAGAAGCAUCAGAUUCGACGACUCCUUUGAAACCCAGGCCAUCGACACUGAUCAUAGCCAAGCGGUUCAAGAUAAAGAAGCUCCGUGUGGAACAACUUACGGAUACACCAGUGGAGAGGACAAGUACACCAGAGACACCUGUGGAGGGCAAAAAGAAGAAAAGGAGAAGACGUGGCGCAGGAACUUGGAGUGCAGAAGUGUGCAUUAGUAAGAGAACGCGUAGCGCCACCAAAAGCAAGAGCACAGCGGGAACAGCCAGCAAUAGCAGCAGCAACAACAACAAGAACCGCCAGAUUGAGAAUUCUUUCGUCGCAGAGAUGCUCACCAGGGAGACGUACGAGGAGUCUUUCGCCGACUUGAACGAUUUCAUCGUCUGUAAGAAGGGUCGCAACUACACAAGGUUCCUCAACGCCAGGAUCAAAUACAGGCGCAAGAGCCACACUCGAAUGAUUUGGAAGCGGCGGGACAAAAGGCAAAGCCUGAUGAAGCUGCUCGAGCUGUGCGGUGAAAGGGCGUGAACAUUAAACAGGUUUUUUCCUUUUCCUCUCAACUCAAAACAAGUCUUUUCGAUCUUUCUUUUCAGCCCCAGAUGUACACUCUUUUCCCAAAGCUAGCUGGUACCUGUAAACUGCUUAACUCUAUCGACAACGCCGCGAACAGCACUCUUGGUUGCAUCCAUCCAACUUCCUCCGCCUUCACUGGUGUUCUUUCCUGUCCUGGGAGUGGCCGUACCCUUGUCAACCUCGGUAUCCUCCAUUACAAAGGUGUCGGCCCGCAUCUCCUCGCCUAUAGGAUCACUAGCGGCUGUCUCUGAAGUCUUGGGCGCCCCUGUUACAGCAUUGUCACCGUCUCGAUCGCCCGCAAAGUUCCUGAAGCUCCACCUCCUGGAAGCUCGCAAAGAAGGAAAGCUAGCCUUUCCCAUCAUCGCCAAGCCUUCGUCCCCUGUGUCUGAGACUACCAGGUGAAUAAAUUUGACCAAUCCUUGUUUUC